AUGAAGUACAGUUCCAACACAAAAAAACCGAAAAUCUUAGGUGAGAUUUCUUUAAAUAACAAAGAAAUACCAUAUCUUGUUGGAAAGGAGAAUAAAACCUGUCCUGACGUAUUAAUAGCUAAACCAAGACAGAAGACCGAGAAAAAAUUGAAGGAGGCAUCCAUUCCUACUAAGCUUGAAGAGAUUGCAUUUGUUAAGAAAGAUGGGAAAUUACCUUUACAUAACUCAUACGAUACGAAAGAUGAAAAACAAAAAUUUGCUACUACUAAAAAACUAGCUGAGAAUAUUAAGCCAAAAACAACGCCGUUAUAUAUCGGUGGGCUAUCUAAAGAUGUUACAGAAGAGACGUUAUUUGAAGCUUUUGAAGAUUACAAAACUUUAGCUUCAAUAAAAAUAUGUCGUGACUCUGUAACAAAUGAAUCACUUGGUUAUGGUUACUUAAACUUUUCUAAUUCCGUUGAAGCUACGAAAUUGAUUGAUGAUUAUAACUAUACAAAUUUAUUUGGUAAUGAGAUAAAGAUUAUGCCAUCUAUGAGGAAUACUUUAUAUCGUAAGAAUAUUGGUACAAAUGUUUUUUUCUCGAACUUACCAUUAGAAAAUAAACAAUUAACAACAAGAAAAUUUUAUGACACUUUCAAGAAAUAUGGUGAAAUAUUAUCAUGUAAAUUAGACAGCAGAAAGAAUAUUGGAUUUGUUUACUUUGAAAAUGAUAAGGCUGCUUUACAAGCUAUAAAAGAUUAUAAUAAUAAAGUCUUUUUUGGUAAUAAAAUCAUAUGUGGUAUCCAUUUUGAUAAAGAAAUUAGAACUUUCCCUGAUUUUGAUAAAAGAAAAUCCUAUCUUGAUUCCCAACUCAUAAUCGAGGAUGAAUUAGAAGCUGGUGGAGAAUUUCUUAAAUUCAAACAAGAACCUAAAUGUAUUGUACCUCACCCAAAUGCAGUUUUUAUAAAAAAUUUGCCAAUGACAACCAACGAUGAUGAAAUUUUAGAUUUCUUUAGUAAAAUUGGUCCUGUUAAAUCUGUAUUUGCCAGCCAGGUUUUAAAAUAUAAUUCCUUAUGGGCGUUUGUUACAUAUAAGAAAAGUUCAGACACUGAGUUGGCAAUACAGAAAUUAGAUCAAACUUAUUUCAAAGAUCGUGCCAUUUCUGUUACAAAAGCCAAAUCUAAAAAGACGAAUUUUAAAAUACAUGAUAAAAAGACAGUUUAUUUAAAAAAUUUAAGCCCUAUUUGUAAUGAAAGAUUUAUUGAAAGAAUAUGUCUUCAAGAGAGAAUUAGAGUCCAGAAAAUUUCUGUAGAUCCUAUUUCCCCCGAUAUUCUAACUAAUACUGGUUUUGUUACUUGCAAAACUGAAGUGGAUGCAAAUAAAUUAUUCAAUUUCAUGGAUAAAAGAUUAAUUGGUGGAUGUUCAGUUCAAGUAAGUUGGCAAAAUGAUAAUCCAGUUGAAAGACUAAAAAUUCCUGAAAAAUAUUAUAAGAGUCAAUGUUGGUUAACAAGUCCGAAAUUCAAUCCUAAAACUACUAAGCAAAAGCAAGAUAACUUAAAAAGGAGUGUGACUUCUGCUGAACAAAUGUCAAAAAAUGAAAAGAGUCAUAAGAAUCAAGUUUUAGAGUCUUUAAUGGGUCAAGUUAAAAGAGGUUUGAAAUUUCUUAACGGUAAAUGUAAUGUUGGAGAAGAAAAUCUACGUUGCAUAUCAGAAUACAUUAUUACAGUAUUUUGGUAUAGUGAUUUAAGACAUUUAUCUAAUUUUCUACUUGCAAUUAAUACCAACGUUAAUUAUGAAACUAUUCUUCAAAAGCAAAUCGAGCAGGCAGCCGAGCAACUCGGUUUUAAGAAGUGCUGA